AUGGCCGAACCCCAACCCCCGGCCAUCGUCGAAGGCGCAACGAUGGGCGACGUCGAGGACGAAGUCCAAUCCCAGACGAAGUCCGCCGAGGACCGCAAAGCCGCGGCAGCCAUGGCCAAGCUCGACGCGCGAGACGAAGAUGCAAGCUCAUCACACGUGGACCAGGAGGCGGCGAGCAAGGCGCUGAAGAAUAUGAGAGCUCCCGCCGCCGCAGCGGCCGAGAAGAAAGAGAUGAAAAAGGUCAAGGUGGAGGCGGCGGAUGUUGCUUUACUUGUCGAGGAGUUGGAUCUCACGAAACCGAAGGCGACGGAAUUGCUCAAGGCGCAUGAUGGCGAUGCCGUGGCGGCGAUGAAGGCAUUCAUCGCAGUUUGA